AUGCAGAAAGAAUACGUUGUAAUGGGCCUCAUGUGCGCAUUGUUGUUCGCUUUUUUCGCCGCGGCUGAGGCCUUGGAGCGAUGGACACCGAGCUUUCAAUGGACGGAGAAAAUGACCAUAAAAAACCCGGAAAACAGCCCUUACUUCAACUACCCAGAACUUGGGUCUCUGCAAGAUGCAUGGCAGGUCCUAGAAGAAACGUCAAAUGAUACGUAUUAUUUGUUGUUUCGCACCGACGUUCCCGUUGUUGGGAAAUGUAUCUCUGCAACAGUAAAUAUAUCAGACAAAAUGAACAAAACCGCAAAUUACACAAUAAUGAGUUACGAUCCGGAAUUCGAGGAAUACGAGAAUAUCACAAUACAAGUGAGAGCUUUGAAUCAAACUGACUACCCGCUUGAAAACGUUAUAAGGGCAAACUUCGAAGCCGGAAAACUACCAAAUGCUACUCCGGUUCCCCCAGGAAGCUACACCUACACUCUGUGGGAUAACUCCACCUCUUAUUUCAGAAGUACUCCCUUUCCUGAUAGAGGAAAUGCUGUAAAUCCUCGGCUGAGUGCACGAGACUAUGGUUAUUCUACGUGGAAUGUUCUAGAUGAAUUGUUCUACAAUCCGAAAAGAGCUGACUAUGCUGACAUGUAUGUCGUAUACAACGAGCCGCAAUGUUAUAUCCUUAGGAAUCCCGCAGCCAAAGGAGGAUGCGACUUGUGGCUGAGAAAAUCUGAGUUGAAAAGUAUAGUGGAUGACUUGAAAGAUGAGAUUAUAAAAAAAGAAGAAGAAAAACUGUAUGAGGAGCAUAAGAAGACAGUGGGAAUCGAUGAAAACUGCACUCCGACGAAAGGUCAAGAAGAACUUCUAAACGCUUUCAUAAAAGAUGGCAUUGAAAGAUGGUUUCAAGACAUCGUAUUGAAACAGAUUUCCCUCGAAUGCGUUCUCGCCUUCAUGAUAACCUGUGGAAAGCCAGUAUUGAGAGUUUACGAUCCGAUAACCUGUAAUACCUCACUAACAGGGCAAUAA